UCUGCGUUGGUGUAGUUCACAGAAAAAGCCUUAUUUUUGUAUUGCCACACUGCUACCGAUAACUGUGACAGCUCUGCAGCCAGUGCAUUUGUUUACGGAUUUAUUUCCUCUCGUAACUUCGGAGAUAAAAUGGACAAGGACUCAACCGGUGCUGCAGAAACGACCGAGCCGGCUUCGCCUUUGGAGAAAAAUAUUAAUGAAGACACCUGCCCAGCCGAUUCCCACACCUCCCGGACUGGGAACUGUGGUGCUACUGAUGUCGCCCGAGCCAGGUGGACUCUACUGAGACAGGUGUUGCGUCAGAAGCAGAUGGACAGUCCAGAGGCCAAACAGGUGUCUGUUCGCAGGUUUGCCACGUUUGACCUUUUCAGCAGGAAAAGGCUUGUGACACAAGACCCUAGUGAUACCUCAGAUGACCAGUGGGUGGAGUACAGAAGUGUCUGCUCUCCAGAGUACAGUGCCUUACUCAGGGACAGCCUGGGGCCUCUUAGAGUUAAUGAAGUGCUCAGCAGUUUUGACAACACUGGUAAUGUCUGUGUGUGGCCAUCUGAAGAGGUGAUGGCUCAUUACUGUCUGCAGAAACGUCACUUGUUCAAGGGUGCAGUAUGCGAGUUAGGAGGAGGUAUGACCUGUCUUGCAGGGCUCAUGGUUGCCAUUUGUGCUGACGUGAAGGAAGUUUUGCUAUCAGAUGGGAACGAGAAGUCCAUUCAGAAUGUACGAGGGCUGGUCAAGAGAAACAGGCAAGCUGGAAAGUUUGGGUCAGCGCCUGUAUCUGCAAGGGUGGUAAGGUGGGACUGUGAGUCAGACAUUUCAGCACUAGAGGGUCACUUUGACAUCGUCAUGUGUGCAGACUGUUUGUUUCUCGACCAGUACAGAGCCAGCCUGGUUGAUGCUAUAAGGAGAUUACUGCAACCAAAUGGCAUGGCGUUGGUGUUCGCUCCGCUGCGAGGCGAAACUCUGAGGCUGUUUUGUCAACUGGCCCAGGAGGCCGGACUCUACGUCUCUCAACACCAGCAGUAUGAUGCUCAGGUCUGGGAUGUUCACUUAAAGAUGCAGAGAGAGGGAAAAGAAGCAUACGACGAGAACAUCCACUAUCCUCUCCUCAUUACCCUGACCAAAGAACCUCAACCUAUCAGCCACUCUCAGUAAACCAAAACAAGUGAGCCCUCAUCUCUACACAGUACCACUCCACAUGCUUUUGGAUAUUUGAGAUGGAAUAAUACUACACAGCCGUGUCAACAAUGUGAUCCACAUGUGAUCUAAGUGAGCAGGAAGAAUUGCACUGAAAGAGCAGUAUUAGAAGACAGCAGGGUUGUGUUUGUGUCAGUAUUUUAGUAAAAUUGAGAAAGACAGAAAAUCAAGUUGUGGUUAUAUUUGAGACAUUUUUAUAUUUACAUUGGCCACUGAGAGGAUUUAUCACCAGAUGAUGCAGAGUUUUGGACAAUAUUUGACUGUGCAUGUUUUGUAGUUUGAAGUGCUGGUGAGGAACAAUCUCAUUUCCAAAGCAGUGGGGACACAUUUACUGCAGCUGAGGAGAAAGAAAAAGAGAGGUGAAUAUAUUCUCACCUUGUAGGUUUUAACCAUCUGCCAUAUGCUAAAAAAUUCAAAACGUGAUCACUCUUCUAGUCAGCCAGUCACUCAACUAUUUGGUUAAUCAGCCAUCCAGGACAAUGAACCACAUUGCCAUAUUGUCAGGUAACCAGUCAGUACUCCAGUCAUCAUCACAACCAACUGGCCAGUCAGUUAUGUCAGUUAACUAGUUGUUCAGUCAGUCAGUGACACUGACAUAUCCAGAGUCCUCCUUUCAGCCUUCUUUAACCAGUUGGAUUUAACCUACGCCACUGUGUUUCCGGCCCCAGCAAGGAGGCCAGCUCUAAUUCAUUAGCUGUCACAGACUUUGGCGCAGCUCACAGUUUUCUCUACAUUUCCUUUAUUUCUUCUGAUAUAACUCAUUCACCCAGUCAGAGGUCAGUAUUAAGAACUUCUUUUGUGCAUUAAUUACAACAGUGCAUUAACACAGAGACUAAGGAGCAAUUGUUGUUGUCCAGGAGCUACAGCUUUCAUAGUGUGCAGCAACAUCGCCAUGGAUACAAGUAGUCCACACUACAUUACACAAUAAUUUAAUUUUACACAGCUCUGUUGGUGUUAUAAUCUCUGAUUGAACUGUGCAACAGACUCUUCUUCUGUCGCUGUAAUUCCACCAACAUCACCUCCAGCUCCUGCUCCAUGCAUACUCUAUUAAAAAGUUUGCUAUGUGCAACUAAAGCUCCGAGUCUGAACCCACCUCCAGGUAGUGCAAGUGUGUCCAAAGAGAGACAGAGAGAGAAAAUACAUGAACAUUAGUUGUGAUGUCUUAUAUUUGUCACAUUCAUUGACACGUGACCCCAAUACUGUGGAAUAGAUUAAGAAAACACUACAUGAUUUCCUGUACAUAGCAAGAUUUCUUUGCAUUUAUUUUGUUUCUUUUUCUUUUCUUUCUUUUUUUUUCUUUUUUUGUUGUGCAGACCUCUCAAUGGUCUCUUACCCCCAGUGUCCACUGGCACUGUGACCAAAGUGUGUCACUCAAAGUUCACAUGUGCCAGGUCUAUUUUUGGGGCUGCUUGUGUGCUUGUGUUACUUUUGAACCUGUGUAGUUGACUGCAUAUAUUGACAGACAGUUGACAGGGAAAUGAAUGUUUAGUGGUGUGGUCAUUUAUCGUUGAUUUAGUCUUUACAUAUAUAUAUGGCAAAACUAUAUUUCUUUCUUUUUUAUGUUACUUCUCCAGGAGGAGGACAGGGUGUACUAUGGAUUUCUUUCUGCUAAAAUACACUAUUCAGAAAACUAAAGUGCAGCCACAAACUAUCUGUUACCACAGUGAUAAUAAAGGAGCUGCAAACAUGGUGUGAAUAUAAAACACAAAGAAUAUCUACCAUAGUUCUUAAAAGUCCCUCAACAGCAAAGACUUUUACACAUUUCAGGCCAGUUGUUCCUUGAUUUCCUGUUUGCAUUUUUUCUAUCAACACAGUUUUACUCAGGUCUUUUCCCUUGCAUUCAGCCAUUUCUUCUUCUUUCUUGUGGUAUUAAAAACAAAUGCCAAGUGUUAGUUGGUCACUCAAGCCUGAAGUUGAACCUAUCACUAGUAAAGUGUUUCCAUAUUUCACUGUGAUCCAUUGCUGUAUACAACAGCCAAGAAGCUAUGCAGUAUUUCUCAGUGGCUGCUGUUUACAUUCCUCAUGUUAAAAAAAAAAAAUCCACCUUCAGAAAUAAAAAGUAUUCCCUUUGUAUAACUACUCUGAAAACUAAAUUAAACCCGUUUUAUCAGUGCUCUUGAUGCUUUGAGGACUUAAACGGCAUUGCAAGGUUUAGAAGAGUAUUUAAUUACAUUUUUUAUCUAUAAUGCAGUUUGCUGUGUACCUUUGAUCUCUGUAGGCUAACAUACAAAUACCAUCCCAACUGUGACUGUGAGCAAUGACUUCAUCACUGUCUGGUGUGACACCACCACCACUAACAGUCAUGUCACUGUACAACACUUUGGCAUCGGGCUUCACUGUUUACUGUGACAUCUGUGUUGCUGCUUCUUGCAACAUCUGCAUCUGGUGCAACCACGAGCUGUCGUGGCGUCCCGUUCUCACAUGGUGAUGUCGUUGCUUCUUGUUGCGAUAUUAGUGCUGUAUGCUAGGACACUUAACCACCUCUCACUGUGACAUCAGCAGGCAGACAACAAGACACUGAUAGUCAGAGACAGUCAUAUGGCCUAUAUGGAUUUGCUAAAAUACAUAUUAUAUAUAUAAUAUAUAAUAUCACUGACUGUUAUAUUAAUAACAGUCAGAAAUCCAACAGUUGGGAUAGAAAAAGACCACAGAAGGGGAUCUGUGCUGCAGCUGAGAAUUACCUUACAGGAAUGCUCUGUUCCAACAGAUUUAUGACACUGUAUUGUGGGAUGUCUCAGGUAGGCUGGUAUUUUGAUUGUCGAACAGAACUCAUUGAAUCGUUGAUCAUUUGCAGGCCAUGUCCACACUAAUCCAGACUGACAAUCCAGAUGUCAAAUUGGAUCUACUUUUCUCAGUUCUGGCCUUCUUUCCACACUGGACCAUCAAAAACUGACUUUUAAGAAAAUCCUCCAGUUUGGAUAAAGUUGAAUCUGUUUCUGUAGCAUUUUGUUGUAUAAGAACAUUAUACAUUUUUAGAAAUUUAGAUAUAAAACACUAUGUGAUCUGGUGUAAAGCUUCUGCCUCAAGUGUUCUGUUCUUGGUCUAAUACAGCAGCUUUAAACAGAAAAAAACAUAGAUGAAAUAUUUCAUUUUAUCUACUUUAGAGUGGACAUGGCUUCAUUCUGAGAGUUUCUCCUUUCAGUAUCUAAUUCCGUCUGCUUUACUGUAAUCAGUCGGUUGAAUGUAAG